AAGCACACUAAUAGGCGAAGGGACAAGGAUAAUAUGUAAUAAUGUAAGAACGUGGGAUUGGAUUAUUUGGAGGUAUAUUCUAAUAAAUGAGAAUCAAGUGGAAGAUAAGAGGGAGUAGUUCAUAGAAGAAGAGUUAAGCCAUGCAAAAGAAUAGUAAUUAUAUAUUGGUAAAGAGGGCCUUUUUGUCAGGUAGCUUCUUCCAUAGAGCCCUAGGUGUCCAUGUGCUGCUUGCUUUCAUAUCAUAAUCUCCACCUCCUUCAACCUACACCUUGCUUGUUUCGGCUUCACCAGACCACUUACCCUUUUUUAAACAUCUUACUUUUCCUUCAACCUAAUCUAUAAAUCUCCCCCAUUUCCAAACUCUCCUCAUUUACCCAACUUUCCCACCUCUGACACAAUCAUUUUCCUUCCCCAUUUCCCGGAAUCCAAACACCUACACAGAAAAUGGUUUCUAUAGACAGUGUUCAAACAUCGCCACCUUCUUCAUCCAUAGAACCAAAUUCCAGUCCUCGGAUAUCCUUCUCUUCUGAGUUUCUUGAUGAAAGCAACUUCAUUUCCAUAACCCCUCAUUCCCAGAUAGAGAGAGAUCAAGAAAUUUGUGAGAGGCAGAAGAAGGAGAGAUCAGAGAGGCUGGCAAGGAGUGCUGAUUUUGAGUUUCUUUCUAAUCAAGUAAGCAGCCACUCUAUGCUUACGGCAGACGAGCUUUUCUUUGAAGGGAAGCUUCUUCCCUUUUGGCAAAUGCAGCAAGCAGAGAGACUCAACAAGAUCAGCCUCAAAUCUCCAAAAGAUGUAGAUGAAGAAGACUUGGUGGAGAUAGAGGUAAACAAGGAGGCGGAGAACAAGGUGAAUUGGUUCCUUGACGACGACCCGUCUCCGAGGCCCCCAAAAUGCACUGUUCUGUGGAAAGAAUUGUUGAGGUUGAAGAAGCAACGCACUUCAUCUGCGCUGUCGCCAUCUUCUUCUUCGUCCUCGUCGUCUUCUUCUUCCAGGUCCAUGGCGGAUGCAGCCACAUCUGAGGAAGGGACAACAGGAAACAAAGAGAAGAACAUAAAGAGGAUAAAGAAGGGUUUGGAAAGGACAAGAUCAGCAAGUAUAAGAAUAAGGCCUAUGAUUAAUGUGCCAAUCUGCACACAGGUGAAGAGCAGUGUUUUGCCACCCUUGUUCCCACUUAAGAAAGGAAGAUUUGAUAGAUGAGAAAGAAGAUGAAAUUAGCUAAAAGUCAGCAGCUCAAGAUCUCAUCAAGUCUAGUCCAACAUGUUAAUCUCCCUCUCUCCCUCCCCUUCUCUUUGUCUCUAUCAUUUCUUGACAAAAUUUCAUCUUUCAUUUUGAGUGUAUGGAUUAAUGUUGAUUAUGGCGGUGGAUCUAAUAAUCUACGAUUGUAAAUGCUGACCUCUAGUUUUUGGUUGUUGCUAUUCCUUGAUUAAUCACAUUAAUCUUUUUUGCUUCCA